AAUGAAUAGUAUUAGUUUCUACUGGAUAAACAAAAGUAUAUGGAUUUCCACAGAAUUUUCACAUUGCUUUGGAUAGCUGGGAAUUGGGCACAGCAACCACCAUUUAGUUUGGGACUCUUUCAAAAGAACAUAUCAAAUAUUCUAUUUGGUACUGUUGUGUUAGUUGUAAAAGAGAAAACUACCAGCUUUUCAGUCUAGUAUUAAUUCUUCCCCAAAGCUGAGGCAUUACCUUUGUACCCUUCCUGCUUUCAUUAAAUAUGUGACAAUUCCUAGAAAAUAGGCUUCCUUACGACUAAAGCAGAGCACGGUCCCAUCUCUCUUUUUAGAAGGGUGUGAUGCCAUCUCAUUUCAACUACCGUGAUAACAUAACUUACUUUUCCAACCAAAGGUUACACAAAUCCCAGUUCUUUGUCCUCUAAUAUAAAGAUGUGAUAACUUGAUCAUAUUGCCACUGCCAAUAUCAAUUUAACAAACACCCAAAUCAGGAUGCUAAAAUAGCUACACUAAAGAGAACAGGAAUCAAAGAGACUUGUGGCCCUUACCACCGCAAGGGCCUAAUACAUUGUGUAUCUACUGACUGUCCCGUAUGAUUUCCUAGGUCUCUCUGAACUCUACGUUUAUGGAAAUCUAUUCCGAGAGCUUUCAACUAAGGUAAUCUCUCGAGAUAAAAACGUCGGGACUACGGAGGAUCAAGAUGAUCUAGUCUUGCAUUCCAUAAAAACAAAUUUAUAAAUUUUCCAAGGCUGUAGUCUACUUCUUUCACGCCAAAGAGCCAUCAGCUUCCCGCUGGGAGUUAGGAAAUCGCUGGUCAGAGAAACCUGGCGCGGCUCUGGGAAGGCUCCACGUUCCUAUGGCAACCUCGGUCGCCAGGCAGCUUCCUCGCUGCCUCCGCCUGACGUCACGUCCGGUGUUACCUGUGGCGUUCCUGGGAGCCGUAAACAAGGUGCGCAGCAUCUCGAGAGCUGUCGGGAUGCAGCAGAGCGGAGCCGCUGGAGCCCGUGGCUGCGCGCUCUGCCCGCUGCUGGGCGUCCUGCUCUUCCAGAGUGUUUAUAUCGUCCUUUCCUUGGAGAUUAAUGCAGAUGCCCAUGUCCGAGCCUACGUUGGAGAAAAGAUCAAGUUGAAGUGUACCUUCAAGUCAACUUCAGCUGUCUCUGACAAGCUUACCAUAGACUGGACAUAUCGCCCUGCCAGCAGCAGUCGCACAGAAUCAGUUUUUCAUUAUCAGUCUUUCCAGUACCCAACCACAGCAGGCACAUUUCGGGAUCGGAUUUCCUGGGUUGGAAAUGUGUACAAAGGGGACGCAUCUAUAAGCAUAAGCAGCCCUACCAUAAAGGACAAUGGGACAUUCAGCUGUGCUGUGAAGAACCCCCCAGAUGUACACCAUAAUAUUCCCAUGACAGAGCUGACAGUCACAGAAAGGGGUUUUGGCACCAUGCUCUCCUCUGCGGCCAUCCUUUCCAUCCUCGUCUUUGUGCCCUCAGCAGUGGUGGUGGUUCUGCUGCUGGUGAGAAUGGGACAGAAGGCUGCCAGGCUGACGAAGAGGAGCAAGUCUGGCUAUAAGAAGUCCUCUAUCGAGGUUUCAGAUGACACUGACCAGGAGGAGGAGGAUGCCUGUAUGACGAAGCUCUGUGUCCGUUGUGCUGAGUGCUUGGAUUCAGACUACGAAGAGACAUAUUGAUGAAAGUCUGCAUGAUAUAAGAAGAAUCACAGAGUUACAGAUAACAACCCGUUCCACUGGCAGCUAAAGCCUCGCAGAAAAGUGAAGCUGGCCUGGACAGCCUGGAAGAUCUGGAGGUCAUCAGUAAAGACUUUAGGAACCAUUUUCUUUUUUUUUUAGAUAGGGCUAGAGUGCAGUGACAUCAUUGUAGCUCAUGGUCUCACUGCGACCUCAAACUCCUGGGCUCAAGUGAUCCUUCUGCGUCAGCCUCCUGAGUAACUGGGACUACUGGCCUGUUCCAGCGUGCCUAGCUAAUGUUUGAAUUUUUUGUAGAGACAUGAUCUUGUUCAGGCUGGUCUCAAACUCCUGGCUUCAAGUGAUCCUUCUGCCUUGCCCACCCAAAGUGAUUACAGACAUGAGCCACUGCACCCUACAGGAAGCAUUUAUUUAUUGAAGAAAUGUUCUUGUAUUUAUAAGCUGCUCAAAAACUCUCAGAAGAGACUCAUGACUUCCCCUUUUAAUAAGUUAUGUUCUGACUGAAUGAAGAUAUUCUUUUCCUGAGAAAAGAGAUACUUUUGUGUUCUCCUUUGCUCUUGAAUGUAUUACAUGUUUUCUUCCAAUUAUUUGAAGGAGAGUUCUAAAUGUUUGCCACAGUACUAAUGCCAAAAUAAUUUUUAAGUGAAGUGGAGCUUGUAGCUUCCUGGUGUGCUACCAGACAAAAUGUUUGUUUGGGGCAGAUGUUCUUUGUUUUUGCUUCAUGCACAUUUUUAGUUGUGAGUUAGUAUAAAACAUAUACUCAUUGGUUUAGUGGUCUCAUCCUCAAUUGUAUUGUAUUUCAAUGACUUGUAAUGUAUAACCUUAAUUUCUUUAGAGUUGAUAGAAUCAGGAGUCAUUGAUUUGCUUUGACUGGUUUUUUAAAGCAUUAAAGUGCCAUCAAUUUACAUUUAAGGAAAGGAAAGGUGAGGUAGAAGAAUUCUUUUCUCUUGUCUUAUAUUACAUGCAAUUUGGGCCAAGGAAUCUUGGUUAUUUUACUUUCUUAUAGUUGAAAAAUUUGUGGUUUCCUUUUUCACUUUUCAGGUUAGAGGCAAGAAAAAUUCUUCAAAAAGUUUUGAGUGGGGACUUAUAGAAUACUUCAGCAGUUAUUUUCAAUUUAAUCAUCUCUUUAGUUCUUCAAAACAUUUUUUGUUUCUAAAAUGUACCCAAGUAUGAGUAAACUAUGGUAUAUGCAAGCUGAUUUUACAUAAUAUUUGAGAUGAAGAAGUAAGGUUGUGCAUAAGCUAUACUUCUCCCUGUGUUCUCUCAAUACCCUAUAAUAGGUUCCUUCAUUCUGCCAUAUCAAUCUAUUUCAAAUUUUAAUUUCUAUUACAUUUUCUAUAAGCCACUAACACAUAUGUAUGAUGGAAGGAAGAAUUAACAGUGUCUAUUUAAGUAGUCCUCUGUAACAGUGACAGGGUUCAUGUCUCAAUUAUAAGAGACAAAAAUUAUACCCCCUCUCCCAUCUUAAUUUUUUUAACAGGCUGGUCUCUUUUUAUGAUUUUUCAUUAGGUGACUCAAGAGGUUUCCAUAUGACAACAUUAUAGACUAUGUUAUUUUUUAAGAAUCACCUUCCUUUCUAUGUUUUGCCAAGAUCCAAUUUUUAAAAUUUAGGUUGUUAGAUCCAUCUCAUAGGUUUGACUUGGCCUCUUGGCUAACCUAGUCCACAGAUUAGAGAAUCUAGUUAGUAGUUAGACAUUAUGAUCUACUAUCGAAUAAGGAAACAAAAGAGACAAAGGCAGGGUUGGCAGUGUACCCGGCCAGCGGUUAAACCUCACAGUUCUUCAGGCCCCUUGUUAAGUAUGUGGCCAACCUCACCUCACCGCUUUUGAUACCUAAACAGAAGGAAACAAUUUCAGCUAUAAUAGUAAAUAAUUUGGGCUCUCAGAGAUUUGAAAAUAGAGAAUCUAAUCAGGAGAAGUUUUUUUUUUUUUUUUUUUUGCGGGUCCUUAUUUCUCUGAGAAACAGAUAUUAUGGGAACCCACUGAAAGCCACAUCCCAUUAAAGAGGGCACCAGUUUGGCUAGGCCUGCUAGUGAUUUCCUCGCAGGUGUGUUGUGAGGGUCAAUGUGGUAGAGUAGUUUGUCGUUUUAGGGAAAUGGUGCUCUGUGAAUACUCAGCCAUGCUAUCUUGUAGCCUUAGUCAUGAUUUGAGCCCGUCCGUUCCUUCUGAAAUGAGGACGAGUCCUUCAUGAUAAGCGGAGUAAGUUGAGAAGAUGGUUUGUUCCAUAGGUUCAUGGUCACGUCCCAGGCAUGGACUGAUCGCAUCUCCUUCUUCAGCCCAUAUGUUGAGGUCUGGGCUGCAGUUUUUUCUUCAAAGGAGUCCAAAGUGGUGCAUGGACACCUGCUUUCUUAAAUUACGGAAGGAAGAUCAAGUGGUUAUUUGUUUCUUUGUUUAACCUGCUAUUUUAAUAUCUUCUAGGGUGCUAUUCUCCCUCUUUUCGCUACUCCAUGGGCUCUUGUUAUAUCACAUGGAGAUUAGCUUUGUCUAGAAAGAGAACUUAAUUCAGAAGGCGUUAAAAGCCUUUCAGAAUUUUUCUUUGGUUGCUGAGGUCUUUACUUUUGGCUACAUUACCUUGUGAGUUUUAUGCAUCCUUGAUUCUGUUACAAAAUGUGAGCUUCUUGUGUGCUUUGUUUCCCAUAAGACCUGUUACUUUAGGCUACCUGCGGGGAACAUCUUAGUCCUCUGAAGCUUCUGAAGUGGACACAUGUUCAAGAGGGAAGAGGAAUUAAAAAAAAAAAAAUUGUUUUAAGAAAACAGUUCUGGAUGCCAAAUCCUGAAGAUAAAUGUUCUGUGGUAUCACUGAGUUAUGGAUCUGAAGGAAAGCUGUAUGAAGACCCUUAAGAAGGAGAGGGGGAGCAGGCUUGUUACUUAACUGUACAACUCAAAACUUCGCUGCCAAUAGAGGCAGCUCCAUUCCUUUGACUCCAGUGUUGGACUCUAACUGCUGUGCUGCCUUUUUUUUUUUUUUUUUGUAGAAGGGUAUACACUCUUGGGCCAUGUACACAGACACUGUAACUCUUAUAUCUUUAGUAUACAUCUUGGUUAAUAAACUUUUUUGCAUC